GCACAUGCACAGCUUUGUGCGACGCCCAGCGGCCGCGCGGCGAACUCGCUUUCCACAGGUGCAACCAGAUGGCAGCUCGUCUGCUGCAGCGUCCACUUGGCUUGUGCACGUCGGCGGUCAGCUACUGCCGCAGGCUCACGUCAGUAUCUCAUUUUGUGACGUGUGUUGUGUUCAAUCCGGGAACCGUUCGUCUUCGUGGUGAACUUGGGAAGAUCAGCAGCAAUGAGCCACGCUUCGUUUAGGAUACAUAUCGCCUGAAAAUAGAUGUUGUUGCCGGUCACUGUCGUGAGGAGGCUGAGAUUGCUCUGUGAUUGGUGUUUAUAAGGAAACGAGGACAUCAUCACCCCACGGGUGGUGAUGUAGUGGUCUUCCAAUGGCAGUGAUGACAAUGUCCAUGAAGAGCGCCCCUUCUAAGGGUCCCGUCAGCUCGCCCCUCGCGUAUGCCAUGGAAAGUUCAAGCAGCCGAAUGCAACGAAACUUUGCCGAGAAGCAGCGACGGGACAAGUUAAACAGCUACAUCAAUGAGCUGGCCAACAUUGUGCCCAUGGUCUCCAUGGCUUCCAAGCGGCUGGACAAGACCAGCAUUCUCCGGCUCAGCGCUGCACACCUCCGGUUUUAUCAGACGUCACUUGCUUCGGAACGAGGAAAAGUUACGAAAGCCAAGUGGAGGCCUAAAUUUCUCAACACUGAUCACCUAAAAGAUCUCCUUGAGGUUGUCGAUGGUUUUGUGCUAGUGACCUCAACAACGGGCAAGAUUAUAUACAUUUCCCCAUCAGUGGAGCGCUUUCUCGGCCAUCAAAAUAUUGAAAUGAUUGGCCACUCCAUCUUCACCUUCCUGCACUCCGCGGACGUGCAGGCCGUACACGACUGUUUUGAGUCGCUGGUCAGGGGGCCCAUGAAGCGCCGAGGCGACUGGAUCAGUUCAGAGCGAUGCUCUUUUUUCUGCCGCAUUCGCGAGCGCAGCCAACCUCGCUCCGAGGUGCUCACUUACCAGGUAAUCCAGGUGGUGGGACACCUGACUGGGCCAGCCUCGGAGAAGGCCGAUAGUCCAAGUUCCAAUUGCCUUUUCAAAACCUUUGUGCGGCUGGUCAACACUAACCCGUACAAGGAGCUUUCCUUACGGGAGGCCUGCCAAGACGAGUAUGUCACACGGCAUAAACUCGACGGCACCAUUAUAUUUGCGGACCACAGGCUGUCUACUCUGACGGGUCACCUUCCCCACGAGGUGUUGGGAGUGUCAGCCCACACGUACCUGCACCCAAGUGACAUGGCUAUCGCCAUGUUUGCACAGAAACAAAUGCUAGCCAGCAACUCAGGGAAAGGUGUUGUUGUCUAUCGUCUGAGGACUCGUGACGAUGCAUUCAUUUUCCUCCGUUCUUCAGGCUAUCUGCAGUAUGACCAAGGCACAAUGCAGAUUGACCACUUUGUGUGCAUCAACACGCUAAUGACGGAGGAGGAAGGGCAGCGAGAACUGCAGACCUUCUUUGAGCGCUUCUCACCGCACAUCACCGCCAUGUCCGUGCAAGAGCUUGGCAAUUUCUUUGCCUCGUACGCGUCCCGUCGCACAGCCAAGUUGGCUGGCUUCACGGAGGGCAAUGCGACGCAAAACCCCCUGUCCCUUUCUCGGCUGGUGGAGCCCAACCUAUACCUGGGCUCGGACUGCCUCGUCAAGAUCAAGAGGGAGCCCCACGACCUGCGAAGCGAUGUAAUCAUUCACGGUCCAGAGGCGGCACACAGCUCCUGGCACAUGAGCCAAGAAUCAUCUUUUCAAAACUCUGUACAGCAAGACGACAACUAUGACGAUGACGAUGAUGAUGAUUAUGACGAAGACACGUAGUUGUACCAGGAGGCACAGUUAUGCUGUACAGACUCAUGCAUGUGUGCGAACAUUUCACAAGGACCUUGAAAGCCUGCACCACCGAAGUGUGCAUGUGUGUCAGUGUUUGUGUGCUGAGCUUGGACGGAAGAGAAAGAAAAAGAAAACUGACGGCCAGUGCAAUACAGUGCAGUGUGCAGUCUGGUCUGUGGAAGGGACCAAAGCAACAAGGCUGCUUCUGCUGCUCCCGCAGGUGGCGCCAUACACACCACACUCGCUUUCUUUCUUUAUCAUGGCCACCACCACUGUGCUGCGCUCCUUGUUGCCAUACUUCCCUGUUGCACAAGGGGUCUAGCGUCGAGACAAGGACAUUUGGGGUGGAGAACUGACAGUAGUAGGCUGCAUUGUGAGAUUUUUUUUUUUUUCAGCAUUGUUUUUGUUUGCAUUUCGGGACUUGAUCUUUUUUUUUUUUCCAGUGUAAGCGCCUUCUUUUUUGUUGUUGUUGUUGUUGUUCUUUUUCUUUUUUCUAAAUCUAACGCUGCACAGGCAGAGCGAGAAUUGUUUUGUCCAAAGCAAUGUGUGCAACUCCCUGUUUUGCAGUGCAGAACAUUCUAGUCUUUCUCGUGUGCUUCACUGUUGAUUUCUAUUUUUCUUAAUAUUAUUAUUAUUAUUACACCACUACCUAUCAUCUCCAUUGGGGUGGCAGUGUCAUGUGCAGUCCUUAAAUGAGAGCCUUGAAGGAGUUAUUUUCAUAUUGUCUUGUUGGAAAGAUAACAUGAUAUAUAUAUAUAUAUAUAUAUAUGUACACUUGCACACACAUACACAAUAUACUACCAGUGCUCAAUGAUUCGCGUUGUAGUCUUUGAAUGUAGUUUUAGAAUUGGACAAAGCUCAAAUCAGCCUGUGGUUGCAUUUACCAAGGAUCUCUGGCUUUGGCGUUAGAAAGUGUAUGGCAUUGCAUGACCAAUGAAUUAGCAAGAAGCAGCAGUCAAAGCAUAAUCCACAGUGAUAUGUCAGUAUGGCUGAGCUUUUCAACCCCCCUCAACCCAAUUUCCUCGUCACGUGACCAUUCAACGUUGCGGCAGCCAGUUUGAACCGGGACUUAGUGCAAAUCAUCGCAUCCCCUUUCUACCCAUAGCGCCCCUUCUCCCCUUUUCUUCAUCUGGCUGUUCUGUUUCUGUGUACAAAAAAAAGGGGGCAUGCAUGACAACAUAUUUAAUAUACAUGUCUUUAGUGCAAUCGAAGAGUGCUUGUAAAUGUGCAUUGUGAUCGUGCGCAACUUCCUUCCAGGCGAGCCGCAGUCGUCACUCUUUUUUCCUUUUUUUUGCGUCUCGGCAUUGUUGUCCAGUAGAACCACUGGAAGUUUGUUUCUCUUUGGGCUUGUUUACCUUUGUUUGUUGGUUCGUUGGUUGAAGGCAGGUGUUAGGAGAAAACGAAUAACCACUGAUAUGCCUCACUCACAAGUUCGGGGCUUGUACAGGGCCAGAUAAGCUUCUUUAGAUUCUAUAUUUUAGGGCUCAAGCACUGCCGAGCAUUGCUUAGAAGGGCCCUGUGCGGCACAAUCGUUACUUGAGGAGCACCGGGAACUCUUCGCUUUUGAAGGAUAGAGAGAGAAAAGAAAUAUAUAAGGCUAUUUUUUACUAGUGCUUUUUGAGGUUGAUUAGUUUAUAGCCAAGAUAUCAAAAGGGCAGUUUCUUGCUACCUACUGCAUAGCUGUUUUUACUGAAUUGUUAUUAGGCACUCCACGGAGAGUUGGGCGAAAAUGUUUGAAAAACGUAAGGGAAAUCUUCACAGCUUGAUUGGAAGUCAUGGCUUGGUGGUAAUCUUUACCAUGGAUAGCGUUACGCGCAUUGGAGGGGUGCUACAAUUACUGGAGCUUCUACAAAACACUGUUACCUUUUUGCGGCUUCUAAUUUUUAAACAUGUUGAUGUUUGAAAUUUUCUUAAAUGAAGUAUUCAUAUUGCACUUGUAACGUAUUUGUAUGUCCUUUUGCAGCAUGCCUGUGUGGUUGUAAGGCACAACUUGUUACCUGGCUCAAGUUUUCUUGUAAACUCUAGUUGAAAGCAUGUGAAAUGUGUUUAAAAUGCCUUGUGAUAUUUGACGGCCAUUCUGUAGUUCAAAUGAAAAAAAAAAAAAAUUUGGAAGGUCAUGUUUAUGGUUUAUUAUUAUUAUUGUUUUUUUUUUUCUGAAUACACGUAACAUUGAAGUGCGCGUUUUGCAUGCAUGCCUAGAACUUUUUUAAGAAUGGACACAGUACAAGCAUGUCUUAGGAAUUUAGAUUGUGAAAUCAGCUUCCAUCGAGAUAUGAAAUCUUUUCUUAGUUAUUAAAUUUAACCUGUUGCAUCGCUUGG